AGAUCGAGUCCACCCGGCUCCGAUCGUCGGAAAGAGUCUCUCUCCCCUUCGCGGGUCCAAACGGGAGUUUGGCCGUCCCUCUCCGCCUCCUCUCUCUCGCUCGGCCGCUCCAGGCGCCUCCUCCUCUGAGGAUUUGCAAGCCAAAAAGGACACCCGGGGGCUGGAGAUCAUCGGCGGCUCCAUGGCUCCAUGGCUGGGCCGGAUGGCGCUGAUUUGCGCUCUGCUGGUUCUCCUCCCGCGGCUGCCGCCGACUCGCGCUCAAGAGGAGCCGUCCUGCGGGGCCGCGUUCGACCUUUACUUCGUGCUCGACAAAUCAGGGAGUGUAACAUCACACUGGUCAGAAAUUGUUGAAUUUGUGAAGCAGCUGACAGAAAGAUUUGUGAGCCCUCGGAUGAGGAUAUCUUUCAUUGUGUUUUCCAUGCAAGCAACUGUGAUUCUGCCACUAACCCAAGAUAGGCAAAACAUUCAGAGAGGCAUUGAAGAUUUACAAAACGUUAAGCCAGGAGGUGAAACAUAUAUGCACGAAGGAUUACAAAAAGCAAAUGAUCAGAUUGCAAAAGAGAAAGGGUCCAGCAGUGUAAUCAUUGCCUUGACAGAUGGAAAGUUGGAAGGUUUGAUCCCACAGUAUGCGAAAAAAGAGGCAGAUAAUGCCAGAUCCAUGGGAGCUAGAGUUUACUGUGUUGGAGUCCUCAAUUUUAAUCAACAGCAGCUUGAAAGCAUCGCUGAUUCAAAGGAUCAAGUCUUCCCAGUAAGAGAAGGAUUUCAAGCUCUCCGAGGGAUAAUUAAUUCUAUACUGAAGCAAUCGUGCACGGAAAUCUUAAAUCUGGAACCCUCAAGUGUUUGUGUAGGAGAGAAGUUCCAAGUUGUUCUAAGUGGAACGGGAUUCACGCUGGGUAGGACGCCAGAAAGUGUCGUCUGCACUUAUAUGGUCAAUGGAACAACCACGAAUGAAAAACCGGAAAAAGUGGAAUCUAAUUUCAUGCUCUGUCCGGCACCCAUUCUCUAUGAGGUUGGACAAACAAUGGACGUGUUUGUCAGUUUGAACCAAGGGCAGUCGCUCAUUUCCAGCUCUUUAACCAUUACGGCAACAGAAUGUACCAAUGGCAUUGUGGCACUGAUCAUUAUCCUCAUUUUGUUAUCCUUGCUGGGGAUUGCUGCCCUGUGGUGGUUUUGGCCGCUGUGUUGCAAAGUGGUUAUUAAGGAUCCACCUCGACCUCCGCCUUCAGUGCCAAUAGAGGAGGAAGAAGACCCUUUGCCUUCCAAAAAAUGGCCGACGGUGGAUGCUUCCUACUAUGGUGGAAGAGGAGUUGGUGGGAUUAAAAGAAUGGAGGUUCGUUGGGGUGACAAAGGGUCAACUGAGGAAGGAGCCCGGCUAGAGAAAGCGAAAAACGCAGUGGUGAAACUCCCCGAGGAAGGAGAUGAGCCGGUUCUAAAUAGACCACCAAGACCAAAGACUACCUCGUUGCCCUCCCAGGAAAAAUGGUACACACCCAUCAAGGGUCGGCUUGAUGCCCUUUGGGCAUUGCUAAGGCGGCAGUAUGACCGAGUGUCUUUGAUGCGACCGCAGGAAGGAGAUGAGGGCCGGUGCAUAAACUUUUCCAGAGUGCAGACUCAGUAAAACAAGGAGAAAACAAAAGGAAAAGCCAUCUUUUUUAUUAUUAUUAUUAUAACCAAAUGAAGUCAUUGAGUGAAGCACUUAUAAAGAAUUCCUCAGAAUGUCUCCUAGCUCCGAGCUUGGAAGUUUGCUCCACUUGGCUCUGCAAAAGUCACCCAUUGCCACGUUAAGCUCCUCCAUCUGCCAUUAUCUUUCAGCUUAUUGCUUCAUACAGUAUUUCCUUACAGUAUUAUACACUCUGCAAGUGGCCACAGGAAGAAUUUUGGCGUCGUGUGUCUAGUUUUCCACAGCACAGGAAACCACGAACGAGUGCCUGAUCAGGUUGGCCUUUUGUGAUGUUAGCACUCAAGACUUGAUGAGCCUCUUCCCUGGAGGGGUCUUGCCUUAGGGGCACGAAGACGGAACUUAUUAUUUAAAUAUGAAUGUAUUUACCCCAGGGAGGAGAGCAAAAUUCCCACUGGGCUGAAAAAACACACAGAUGGGAGUUCAUUGCCCUACGGGGGUGUCAUCUCAUGGAAAUCUUUGAGUCUCGGUCCACAUUCCCCCCCACCACCACUCUCCCACCUAGUUAGAUUGUGCCUUACGGGAAACCUCUGACUUUAAAAUCUUGUCACUUUGACGCUGUGGAGUAUACAUGUACGAUCAAACGCAGCCAUGGUGCCUGGAGGUGUUGGUGGCGAGCGAAACUUUGCCCUCUAGUUUCCGAAGACACCUUUCUUGUACAUGAUGCACCCGGGACUGGAAGAAAAAUUAAUAGAGCGUUAUUCUCCAGGAAGACCGCCUGGAACCAAAGAUCUUGAGUGGUGAUCGAGGGAGCUGAGGCAUCGAGGGUUGUGCACUGCGCCUAAUUGUGUAUCUUCCCCUUUUCUGCACUUGGUGCUCAGUAGCGCAUAAAAACAUUGUCCUUUGUAAACAUACGUAGUAAUUCUGGUCUUAUGGAUUAUUGUAAUAGGAUGGGGAGGGAAUAAAACAGGCUCCACAAAGCUGGCAAUCUCAGGGUCUCUUUUUCUUUCUCUCUCUCUCUCUCUUUCUCUUUCUCUCCUUUUCUCUUCCCUCCGCCUUAACCAUCACCGAACCUCCAAGGGCUCUUCAGCGUCACAAACCAGCAAUUCUCUUUGCAUGAGAAUUUCAAAGUUUAAUUAAUAUAAUUAAAGGCAACAGCAAGCAGCAGCCUGUGAAGAUUUGGCUCAUCCUUUUUAUGCCUUUUGACAUUGAAUGACCUAUCCCUGUAAUGCGCAUUACUCAAUUUUGAGGGGCUACCAUGCUUUGGUGGAGAUUCAACAGUGGGAACCAAGAGGAAACGGGGGGAGGGGAGAAAGCAAGAUACUUCUUUUUUUUCUCCUUCCCCCUCUCCAUUUUCUACAGCAACUGUGUAGUGUGCCAGCCACCAGGAAACAUUGGCCGGGUAGGUAUUUAUCAUUUUAUAUAUGUAAACCUACCCCCCAAAAGGGAGAAAAAGCAUGUCGUGUCACAUCGGCCAUGCCAAACAGUGUUAGCGUAAAAGGGAACUCUGUGGGGCAGGGGUGUGUGGGGGGGGAGGAAGGCAGCAGCUGAAGAAAAAGGCUCAAAUGAUCCAGUCACUUUCGAUACUGUACUUCAGAUGCAAAAUGGAUAUUCGAGGCGAAACCUGACAAAAUGCACCUACUUUGAUGGGAACCGGUAUAGACAAUGACCAGUGGCUGGGUCAGUGGGAUGUCUCUCUGCAAGCAGGGAAGCUUAUCAAAUGACACUAAAAAUAAGUUCAACAACCAUCACAUUUGAGGGGAAAUGGGGAAUAUUUCACAUUGGGGCAGGCAUGCUUGUGCACAAGAUGGAGAAGGAGAAGGCACGCAUGUUGGUCUAAUUAGCCCUUCUUUGUUGCUUGGCACUGAAACCUCAAGGGGCAUAAAAUUAUUCCCUCGGCCGAUGACCAGAUUUGCCGCUUCCUCCGAGCAAGGCUUUCCCCCCACCGGGCAGCCCCCUUGCUGAUGUGGAAAGGCAAACUGGAAGAGGUCUUUAGAUCGGAGAGGGUAGAAAAUGUAAUGUGGUAGAAAAUGUUGGACGACUGGAGUCUUCCACACAAUCACUAGGGGAGGCACUGUAUGGCCACAAAUGUGAUAGGUAGAGAUUUAGGUCAAAAUUUGGAGGAUGGUGAAAGAAAUCAGGAAGAAAGCUGUUGCAAUCACGGGGGACUUGAGUUUCCCCGCAGUUGAGGUGGAUUCAAGCCAGAGUAAAGAAACCAUGUUUCUCAACAUCCUAGAAGAUUAUGCCUUAGCUCGGUUGGUCUAAGACAAGGAGUUUCCAACCUUGGCAACUUUUAAGACCUGUGGACUUCAACUCCCAAAGUCCCCCUGGGUUGGGAAAUGGCUGACCGGGGAGGAAUUCUGGGAGUUGAAGUCCAUAAGUCUUAAAAUUGCCAAGGUUGGAUGCUCCCGGUCUAAGAAAUCACUAGAGUUCACAAAUAUAAAAAUCGGGUGCAGUGCCUGUGAUCUGGGAGGUAACCAAUCUGGCAUCAUCUUUGGAAAAGGAACCCAGAGAAGAUCCAUGAAAUUCUAACACGGUAAGCUAAGCAUCUUGGCAAGUUCAUGUGGAGGAUUUGAAGAACAAACGUUGGUGAAGGAAAGUCACAUAGUCUUCGCAAGGUAGAUCUUGCACCAGUCAGCUUUUAAGGUUACUUUGGGGUAUCAACAAGCACAGGAUAGAAAUGACUCUGUUGACAAUGUGUACAUUAAUAUCCAGAAAGCCUUUGUCAAUAUCAAAAGCUUUUGAGUACAUGUAACUGGCGGGCCUGUCCUUUUAUGGAUUGCCACAAUACUCAAAAACAGAAAGUGAAGACUGAUAGGCCUUCUUCUCAGGAAACAGAACUAAGAAAUAGGAUCCCUCAAAGAUCUGUGUUGAGAUUUUUAACUUGUUCGUAAAUGGAGUUGGUUGAGGUUAAGCAGAAGACUGGUUAAAGUUGGGGUGAAAACCAAAAAUAGGGCUCUCUGUAACCAACCAGGAAUGAAAGUUGAGGUCAACUCAAAAAUAUGGCAACUGUGAAAAAGAUAAACUCCAUUGUA